UUUGUGAUGUGUAACGAACAAGUCAGUUGUCAUUGUACUGCAAGGCCAAACUGGCGCCUGUCUGCGCAUGCGCACUACUGAGCCUCUGCGCGAAAAAAAAGAAUUGUCGGUUGUGGACUACAGGGCGAUAACAACAUCGUAAGAAAGAUGUCAGGAUUCCUGGAUGGUAUCAGAUGUGGGGAAUGUGAAUGCAAUAUCGACUGGGCAGAAAAAAGAAACACCAUUGCCUCGAUAGCAGCUGGAGUAUUGUUCUUCACAGGAUGGUGGAUCAUAAUCGACGCAGCAAUAAUGUACCCCAAAGAGGAGCAGUUUCACCACGCGUACCAUACCUGUGGAGUCAUCGCGACUAUCGCGUUCCUCAUGAUCAACGCGGUGUCAAACGGCCAGGUGAGAGGUGACAGCUACAGCGAUGGCUGCAUAGGACAGACAGGUGCGAGAGUGUGGCUCUUCAUUGGCUUCAUGCUGGCCUUUGGUUCUCUCAUUGCUUCCAUGUGGAUUCUGUUUGGAGGUUUUGUUGUGCCUGCGAAGGAAGCGGUGUAUCCUGGGAUUGCAGUUUUCUUCCAGAACGCCUUCAUCUUCUUUGGGGGUCUGGUGUUCAAGUUUGGACGCACAGAGGACCUGUGGCAGUGAAACGCCUCUCUUCAUACUGAUCAUCAUACACCCCGAGUCUGUCUGUACUAUUUCUCUUUUCUCUAUCAUUCCCCUCCCUUUCCCAUUCACAAGCCCGCCCCCUUUUACCUGUGCGACUACCAGACGUGUGUCGAGAUAAACAGUGAGGAGUUGCUGUCGUACAAACCAAGCGUGACGCAUCUAGAAUUCAAAAGUACUUCAACUGGACGUUUUUUUUUUUUUUUGGUUUAUUUAUUAUUUUUAAAUGUCGGGCGUAAAAAAAAAAAGAGAGAGAGAGACAAGAAAAACUGACAUAGCGAACGUUUGUUUAUUGACACGCUGCACUCCUGAUACUUGCGUUGCACUGUUGUUUUAUCUCACAUUUAGCAUUAGUUGUUCCCUCGGAUUUGUCUUAGUUCUUGUUCGCGCUUGGAGCGUGUGGUGGCCUGGGAAAACCCUUCAGAUUGCCCAGAUUGAGGCAUUUUGUACUAUGGAAGUAAAGUUCUAGCAUUUUAAAGAUUUCUUUCAAAUUCCAAUGAAAGAUGCCCCGCCUACCUCCUAUUUUUAUAAGCUACUGAUCAUUAAAACAAAAAAUCCUGAAAAUGAAAAACCAUCGUCGUCUCUCGAACGAUCUCUGUUCUCUCUUACGUCGGAAAUCAUCACUGAUCCACUCGGUUCUUUUCUGUCUACUAAAUGUCCUUCUAUACAAAUCCGUCUCCAGGUUUUCCCCGACCGCCACGUGUAAACUCCAGUCUGUGGGAGUCGCCAUCACUGUUUCAUUGGGAUAUUUAAGAAGUAGUUUACCUGCAAGCUGGAACGUUAUGUUAUGUUAUGUUGGAAGUCCGAGGCGAAAACAAUUAUAACGGUAUCCUUUUUUUUUGUUUUUUUUGCUAAUUGUAUCUGUUAAUGGGAAUUAAGCGCGAAUCUUCACUUAACCAGCUUCAUCGAAAACGAACCGUAAAGAGUGAAUCUGCUGCAAGGUAACAUUUUCAAUCCAGUUCCGUGUGUCUCGGACGUUUGGGUGGGUUUUUUUUUUUUGUUUGUUCCAAAGUCAUAAAGCAUCUCAUAACAUUUUGCCGUUUUCUUAUUGUAAAAAAUGCACAAAAUAUACUCUCUUGUAACGGAUAAACAGCUUCGCAAAUCCCUUUUUUUGCUACUCUGUAUCACGUAUUCAUUUUGUACGUGUUUAGCUUUUGCACUUUUUGCGUUUGCACUCUAUUUAUGUAACACGGCUGCUGUACAGCAAAGACGUCAUAAUCGCAAGCACAAAAAAAAAAUAACAACAACAACUCAGCCUGUCCAGCACCAAUCAAUUUGAAACGUUUAUUAAAUUAAAACACUAGAGGAAUGUAAACUGAUUUUGUCUGACAUUUAUGAUUUUUGAUUGAUUGAUUGUUUUUUUUGUUUGUUUUUUUUUUUUUUGCAACUGUAUUUGUCAAAAAAAAAAAAAUUUAAAUGACAGAAAAUUUCCACACCCCGAUUUCAGGUUGAUAUUUAUUUCUUUUUUUGGAAAUAUGCUGAUUAUCUAAUCCAAGAUCUAAUUCAUGCUAUCCUGAUUUUUUGUUUGUUUGUUUGUCUUAUUUGGAAUAAAUUUCCCCGUGCACUUUUCA